CUCCCUUUCACACGCGGCAUUCGGCAACAAAAUCUUCCGAGUAAAAGUACUUAUUAAAAUCACAUACUACCUACUUACCUAGUGUAAAGAGGACAGGUGGGUUGUAGUACUCUCAGGGGUUUAUCUACAAAUAAUUUUCGGCCACCUCGAAGGUGUGGUGUAGAUUUGAUUUCAAAAGUCAAGCGUAAAAAUGGAUCUGGACGAAAAGAAGGAAAAUAUGCAGGAGCAAAGUAUCGAGCCCGAGGACAAUCGCGUUAAUUGUAAGUACGGCGAUAAGUGCUAUCAAAAGAAUCCGGAACAUCGCAGAAGAUACAAGCAUCCCUCCAAAGAGGAACAGGAAAAGGAUAGUAUCGAGAACAACGGUGCAAGCAAUGGCGAUAACAGCAAUGGCCACAACAAAAGGAAGAUGUCAAUGGACAACGGUGAUAAGGAGGAUCAGUCUCCGGUGGCCAAGAAACAAAAUACAUCUGAUUCGAAUGAAGAAAUUUCAUCCGCAGAGCCUCAGGAUAACGAUAUCAAAGUUCAGUCUGACGAGAAAGUGGAUGACAAGAAGAUUGUGCCCGUUGAUUCCUAUGAAGAGGCUAAAAAGUUGAUCCAAAAAGUGUUCCUGGUCUCUAUGCCAAAUGACUUUUACAAGAUGUACGAUUUCUGUAGCGAAUUGAAUCCCAGUGAUCCGUCUAAUGCCUUAAAGGUAGCAGAUCUAAAACUCGUGGGUCCGUAUGAUAUCCUAAAUGGUCUGAUAACUCAAGAAAACGCCAAUAGUACUCAGUUACUCACUCACUGGAGGUACUACUAUGAUCCUCCAGAAUUUCAGACUACCAUCAAAGGGAACGAUAAGGAAGGCUUGCAUUUUGGAUACUGGAGAGACAGACCAAGUUCUGAUCCUAUUUUCGUGGCACUAAAUUCUUCCGAAGUCAGUCACAAAAUUAAACCUUAUGCAGAAAACAUUUUUGGUGCUAUUGUAGCCUAUUUAGAAGCAAGGUUGAAAAAAGCUAAUCCAUUUGAAAAAACAGGCUUUACCAAUCUUAUCGCAAAAUUAAAAGCUUACACUAAAAAACACAAUAUAAACUUAGACAUUCAGUCCACAAGAAUGAGAUCAAGAGAAAAGAAUGUUGUUACUAGAACGAUUCAUGGAGCAGGCAUAGUCUGCCCAUAUAACAAAAAAUCACAAGUUGGAUAUAGGGAAUUAUCCGUUUCUGAUAAUGACCUGCUCAAAAUAAUAAAAAAAAUUAAUGACGCAAAGGGUGAUGCAAAAAGAGAAGAAGCACGCUCAGAACUCGCAGAUGUCGUGAGACUUGCUACAAUCGCUGGUGACGAGUGUGAUUUUGGUACUUGUUUGGAAUUAGGACACAAUCUUCUAAGUUCUGGAAGUACUCAUGUCCAAAAUGCUGCAUUGGCGAUGUUGAACAUUGCAUAUACACAACUUGAUCGUCAAGAAUUUUUAAAGAUUUUUGAAGCUCACAUGAAAAAUAGGAAGAAGGGAUGUAACUUGAGCGCUCUUGAAACGAGUCAAUCUGAUUGAUUGAUUUUCAAUAACACAUUAACAGUGAUUUUAUUUAUUAUAGUAAUUAAGUGAGUUGAAAU